AUGAAUGGUGCAACGUUGGACAAUUUGAUGAUAGCGGACGUUUUAUUGUCACGAGGACUAUCUAUUCUAUAUUCGAAAGAUCACGAGAACUCCGUCAUGGCAAUUACAAUCGCUGUAAAAAUAGCCAAAUAUUAUAAUUCUCCAACCACUGAGAAUGUUAUAUCAAAGCAAGAAUGCGAAGCGCAAACGGAUCGCACUGAAAUGAGAACAGCGCAGACACAGGUACGACGUCGCUGCAAAACAACCGGUUCAAAUACGGAACUGCAUCUUAUAUCUGCCUCCGAACUCGAAGAAGCUGUAGCAAACAUCGUAGCUGAACAUCUUGCAAACACGAAAGAUAUAAAAACGAACGAUGAAACAACAAGAGACGUCAGGAUGCCGCCCAGCUCACCAAUUCAGCCUGUUCCUACGUCUUGCAAAUCAAAUGAUCUCCAGCUUGGCAAGAACAUCGUCCCCCGCCUACAAAAAUUAAAAGUAUUGGACAAAAUGAUAACCGAAAGGACGGCACUUGUGGGUCACUUUGAUGCCAGCCUCGUAAAAAUAGAGCUGGCUCGCAAGCGAGAAUUUAUCCUGAAGUCCCGGCGGAUGUCCGUGAGUAUUCCACGCACUGGGAUUACUGACGCAAGAACAUCGCCUGAGAUGUUGACAAGAGUAAAAUCACCGCAAAAACGAGACACUCGGGAUGUAGCGAUCCAGGCUGAAAAACUGCUUUCUCCAGCAGUCUCAGUGCAAAGCUCGUCCUCGACGCCUUCUGGCAGCAACUCAAGUACAUCCGGCACAUCUGACGAGGAAACCGAGUCAGAAAGGAGGGAAACAAAUGAGUCUGAGUCUGCUUCAAGCACUACCAGCAGUACAUCUUCUUCAAAAGAAACGAUCGUGAGAAAGAAAUCAACCGCGUCUUCGAAUUCGCAUUCAAGUGCAGAGCAAACAAAAUCGCCGAGCGAAGUUUUAACGAGGUCAAAACCGGAACGGACUACUGAGGAACCAUUGUCACCUACUUCACUUUAUUUGAAACAGCUACGAGAGAAAAUACUACAAGAAAGGUUACAAAAGAUCUAG